AUGGAGCAAAGCUGGGUGGAGGCGGAAGCGCCGACCUGCCCGGAGGCCGCGAGCCCGGAUGACGCGGCAGAGCUUGCCCGAUACGACCUGUGCUCCAAGAUCUCGCCCUUCCUGGACAGGCACCUGAUCCUCCCGAUCCUGAUCUUCGUGAAGGACCUGGACGUCUACAAGGUCGACGACAUCACCAGGGCUGAGAUCAAGCUGUUGGAGGACACCAACAUGAUCGACUUCAUCGUGGACAAGUACCCGCUGAUCGGGGAGGAGGCCCCGGCAGCCCUGAUGGAGCGACGCGAGGGCCUGCUGGCGUCUCUCGAGGCCUCCAGGGAGCGGAUCUUCAAGUUGCUUCAGAUCCUCGAGGACGACGAGGAAGUGAAGAGGAUUCCGGGCUUCAAGUCCUUGGGAGAGUUCUACACGCAGUUCGAACUAGAUGAGAAGGUGUUGGACGACCUGCUGCAGUACACGAAGCUCAUGUACGAGUGCGGGGACUACGGGCUUUGUGUCGAGCUGUUGAAGCACUACAAGACCAUUUUAGCAGUUGACACCGAGCGCCCUGUGAACAAGGACACCAUCUCAAUGUUGUGGGGGCAGCUUGCGUCCAACAUUCUGACCAAGGACUUCAAGGUCGCCGCGGAGCUCAUCCUGGACAUCCACGACAAGCUGGAGAAGGCCGAGAAGGCCGAGAACGCCGCGCAGAAGAUGCCGAUGCGGGAGGUCCUCCUGCAGCGCACCUGGCUCCUCCACUGGGCGCUCUACGCGGUCUUCAACUCCGAGGAGGUGGACCCGAAGGUUUUGGACUUUUUCCUCAACGAGAAGAGCUUGUCGAUCAUCUCCCUGUCCUGCCCCUACCUGUUCCGCUACGUCGGUGCGUGCCUGAUCCUGAACAAGCGCCUGAAGCUCGUGCCGCCCCUAUGGGCGGCUCUAGGUCCUGCAGCACGAGUCUGGCAGCUACAGCGAUCCGAUCACACGCUUCUUGUUGGCCCUGUACACCGACAUGGACUUCGACGAGGCUUUGCUCUGGCCAGCCAGAGGUUAGGGCUUUGGCUCACGGCGCGAUUACUUCUUGAGUGCGCAGUGGGCGGAGUUCGAGGAGAAUGCUCGGCUCCUGAUCUUCGAGCGGUACUGCCGGAUCCUCGGGGUGCAUCAACAUCCAGAUGA